CCCGGCGCGCCGAGCCAGGGCGGGGCAGGCAGACGCGGGCCCGGAACUGUGGAGCGAGGCUCGUCCAGCUUUUCCGGCGCCAGGUCCCGGGGCCGCCAUGGAGCCCCGGGAGGUUGCGGAUGCCGUGGAGACGGGGGAUGAGAACGUGAUUUUGGAGGCUCUGCUCGCGUACAACCGGGAGAACUCCCAGAGCUUCACGUUUGAUGAUGCCCAACAGGAGGACAGGAAGAGACUGGCGGAUCUGCUGGUCUCCGUCCUGGAGCAGGGCUUGCCACCGUGCCGCCGCGUCAUGUGGCUGCAAAGCAUCCGCAUCCUGUCCAGGGACCGCAGCUGCCUGGACUCUUUCACCAGCCGCCAGAGCCUGCAGGCACUUGCUUGCUAUGCAGGCAUCUCCGCCUCCAAGGAGUCGGAGCCCCUGGACAUGGAUGUCGUGCUCGAGUCCCUUAAGUGCCUGUGCAACCUCGUGCUAAGCAGCCCUGUGGCACAGGCGCUGGCUGCAGACGCCGGGCUAGUGGCGAAGCUUGCCGAGCGCGUGGGACUGUGCCGCCAGAGCAGCUUCCCGCACGACGUCCAGUUCUUUGAUUUGCGCCUCCUCUUCUUGCUAACGGCACUUCGCACGGACGUGCGCCACCAGCUGUUUCAGGAACUGCAGGGAGUGCACCUCCUGACGGAGGCGCUGGAGCUGACGCUGGGAAUGACCCCCAAAGAGAGGCCCCCUGAGCUCCUCCCUACCCAGGAGACUGAGCGGGCUAUGGAGAUCCUCAAAGUGCUCUUCAACAUCACCUUCGACUCCAUCAAGAAGGAGGUGGAUGAGGAAGACACUGCCCUUUACCGGCACCUGGGGACCCUUCUGCGGCACUGUGUGAUGGUUGCUGCUGCUGGAGACCGCACAGAGGAGUUCCACGGCCACACAGUGAAUCUCCUAGGAAACCUGCCCCUCAAGUGUCUGGACGUCCUUCUCACCCUGGAGCCGCACGAAGGCUCCUUGGAGUUCUUGGGAGUGAAUAUGGAUGUGAUUCGUGUCCUCCUCAACUUCCUGGAGAAGCGUUUGCACCAGACGCACAGGCUGAAGGAGAGCGUGGCCCCUGUGCUGAGUGUGCUGACGGAGUGUGCCCGCAUGCACCGCCCUGCCAGGAAGUUCCUGAAGGCACAGGUGCUGCCCCCACUGCGGGAUGUGAGGACCCGGCCAGAGGUUGGGGAGCUCUUGCGGAACAAGCUGGUUCGCCUCAUGACGCACCUGGACACCGACGUGAAGAGGGUGGCUGCUGAGUUCCUGUUUGUCCUGUGCUCUGAGAGUGUGCCCCGAUUCAUCAAGUACACGGGCUACGGAAAUGCCGCAGGCCUCCUGGCUGCUAGGGGCCUCAUGGCCGGGAGCCGGCCUGAGGGCCAGUACUCGGAGGACGAGGACACAGACACAGAGGAGUAUAAGGAAGCCAAGGCCAGCAUAAACCCAGUGACUGGAAGGGUAGAGGAAAAACCACCCAACCCCAUGGAGGGCAUGACAGAGGAGCAGAAGGAGCAUGAGGCCAUGAAGCUGGUGAACAUGUUUGAUAAGCUCUCCAGGCACAGAGUCAUCCAGCCCAUGGGGAUGAGUCCCCAGGGCCAGCUCACAUCCCUGCAGCAUGCCAUGUGUGAGACCAUGGAGGGGCAGCUCUCCUCGGACCCUGACUCGGACCCCGACUGAGAAUGGCCGCUCUUCUGCUCCCCUUCAGAACUGGUGCUGCUUCCAGAGGUGUCCUUGAGGCCGGGCCCCAGGGAAGCCACAUCGCUCCCUCCAACUUGGGGACCCCUUUCUCUUUACGCCCAAAGUUCUAUCCAUGAUUCGCCUUUGGUCCGUUCUCUUCUCUCUAGGACUGCAAGACACUGCAAGGUCUUGUCCUGCUAUAACUCGGGAAGCUCAGCCUUCAUGUGCGCCUGAGGGCAGGGCUUAACUGAUGGCAGAAUGAGCAUGCAUUUGGGAGGGCAAGGGCUGAGCAUGGGCACUUGCAGAUGCAGGCAUGUCCACAGCUGGCCUGCUGGCCCAGAGCUGGUGUCGGGCAGGUGCCACGUUUCACAGGGGAAAGGACCUGCUGGAACUUCAUGUGCUAAUGUCAGAAACACGCUUCCAAGGUAUGCUCUGCUGUUUUUUGUCCCCAUUGAAUGCAGGGCUGGUUGCCUCUUGCGUCCUUGAUCCUGACUCAGCACCCAAGUUUUCACUGGUUGUAGCAGUUGAAUCUCAAUCCUUCCCGUUGGCUUAGACCAUAAAUACAUGAAGGAAAAUGUCCCCUCUGAAACCAUAAGUCUAGACUUCUAUCAUGUACCACUAAGCUUCACAGAAACAUCAUUCUGGAAUAAAGAGUUCCAGACAAGAA